AUCGGAUUAUUCGAAUCGAAGUCCAAGGGGAAAAGUCAAGUUUAUAAGAUCUAUUGCCAAGUUUCUAGGUACAUUGGUUGGAAUACUAAUGUUCCAUCGUAAAUGUGAAAUCUACUGGUAUACGUUUAUAUCACUGGUAACUAUUGUCGACAUUGUGGCAUCGUUCUUGUACACUGUCUGGUAUUACUAUGUUAGAGGAACACCGCUCGCUGGAUUUUAUGUAGUCCCCAUUUUAUUUGGCGUUACUAUUCCGUCUGUAAUUUGCUAUUUUUGGGCGCUAUAUCCACCAACAACGGCCAAAUUUAGAAGUAUUAUAUUUUUCGUUGAAGAUGAAAUGUAUCCGGAUGAAGAUGAAGAUUUCAAAUUGAUGGAAGCUUGUAAUAGUAGCGCAAUUAGGUUACUCAAAGGAACGUCUAAAACCUUGGGGCUUCUAAUGCUUUCGUUUGCUAUGAUGACAAUUGCUCCAACUUAUGAGUUUAUAUUCAAAAAUAAUAUUCAACUUAUAGUUCCGAUUAUUUUUCCAUUUACUGAUUUUGAAACGAAGACCGGAAUGAAUCUUAAUAUGGCAAAUCAAUUUUUCAUAAUGCUGUUUGGUUUAAUUCCCAAUCUUUUAAUUGAAAUUGGAACUUGCAUGCUGAAAAAUUAUGUCUGGACAUUUACAGUAGUGAUCGGCCAUUCAAUUGAUAAGAUUUCACAAUCCCUCGAACACCCCCAAGGAGACGAGAAGACAAAGAUUGAUUUGCUAUAUCGUAACAUAUUAAUUCAGAUACAAGAUUAUGAUCGCUUUAUCCUGGAAAUGUCUGACGUAUAUUAUUGGAAAUUUUUCCUCCAGCCAUUUUUUUUGACAUUUUCUGUAUCACUUGCAGUUUUCUUAUAUUUAUAUGGUGAUUACUUUAGUGGUCUGGGCCUUGCAUUUUUCACUUAUAUUCAGUUAUAUAUUUUAUGUGAUAUUGGAAAUGACGUUGACUUAUCGAAUAAAAUGUUGAUUGACAAACUUCAACAAAUGCCAUGGUAUUUGAUGUCACCACAGAAACAAAGGAGCUAUGCUCAUGUGCUCAACCGCUUGCAGAAUGGUACGAUUCUUCAAAUGGGACCGUUUGGAGUGCUCAAUUUUGAAACCUUUUCUGAUUUGUCCAACAGAAUUUACAGUUUUGUGAUGAUGUUGACUAGAUUUGUGAAGUGAACAGCGGUUGAUUUGAAAUAUGAAAAUUUAAGAAACGACGGAACGCAAAAACGCGCAACCGCUUGAAAUGACCAUACAUGGUGAUUUUAUAAUAUUCAUGUACAAUUUUCUAGAUUAUU